AUGGAUCCAAUCGUCAUUGCUGACUCAGAUGGGGAUGAUGAUGAGGUUCACUCUCCCCCCUUCAACCACACAGAGCCCCCAAUUGAAGGUCAUGUUGAGUUGGCUGGUGCUUCAGAUUCCACGGAUCCCUCAUUCUUCAAGAACGUGUUUAAUGAACACUUCCAGGCUGCCAUAGAUCCUCUGCAGGCCGCUGAACUGAACCGCUACGGCGAGGAAGACGAGCUGAGUCACGAAUUUUUCGACAGGGGCAACCAGCCAGACCCAAGGGUUGCUGAACCGAUGGCGGAAGAGCCAGAUCCCUGGGAAAUACCCAGCUCUCCGGAGAACCCUCCUAAGAUGAUGGUUUUCCAAUCCAAGAAGAGCCGCGCUUCUGGUGGAACGAGCAAUACGUCUCCGACCAGGAAUGGCCCCGACGUUAUUGAUGACGAGAGUGGGAAUAGGAGGGGGAAGAAAAGGAGGCUCAAUCAUCACAAUGCGCCUGAGGAGAUCCCAAGCCAGGAUCCCCUCGCCCAGAGCAUGCCGCACGACGAGCCAGAGUCUCAGAGGCCCGCGCCGGACCAGUCCAGCAUGUUCCCACCAACGCUCCCGCUCCCCAGCAGGCUAGUCGUGGCCCCGAACCCUUUGACUAACAACCAAAAGAUGGAGUAUCACAGCGUCGACCCGCAGUCCAGCGACUUGCUCAGCCAGGACCAAGGGCCGGCGCUCCCACGCCAGAUCGGCGCGUUCGAACGGUCCAGCGGAUCGGCUACUAACAUUAACACGCCGCGGAGCCAGUUCGUGCCUUCCAGAAGCCAGAAUCUGGACUUUUCGGAGCCAGGUCCUCAGAGGGUAUUGACGUUCAAUACACCAGAUCACAUGGUCAAUCAGGAGGGAGAGCUGCCCCCACUGAUCGGUACUGCCCCUCCUCCCCGAACGGCUUCUCCUCCGGAAAUUCCACAUCCGGCGCCCGUAAUGGAGAAGCCGGUAGCAUCGUACGGCCAGGACGAGUUGGCGUCUGAGCCUGUGACGACAUCUACUCGGAAAGAGGAGGAGAAUGAAUCAGAUUUCGAGGACUCGUUUGCGCAGCCCAAGAAGAAGAAGAAGAGGGGUCGGCCCAAGAAGGAGCCAGCGCAGAAGGCCACAGUCGAAGCAGCCGACUCUCAAAUCAUUGAACCGAACAAGGAGGCUACACCGAGUUCAGGGGCAAAAAAGAAACGCGGGCGGCCGAAGAAAUCGGACCAACAGGGGGCUGAGCCCAAGGCAGCGGAUGUCAACGAGGUUCAAGAUGUUAAACCCGUAAAAGCAAAGGCCAAAAAGAAAGCUUCAAAGAGCCCCGAUAUCUCGAAACAAGAUCCUGAAGAGGGACAAAGCGCUACGGAAGAGUGCAAGAACGAGGAUAUAAAAGCGGACUGCGCUGCGGAAAUAGACCAAGCAAGGGAAAUGCCGGAUACAGUUGAUCAAAAAGGGGGUGCACAUUCUGAAGUACCAGAGCAUGAGAAGGCGGAGACAAAGUCAAAUAAUGAUGAGAAACCUCCAGAACAGCCAUCGAAGGGAAAGCAGGCCACAGCUUCCCCGGCCAAGUCUCUGUUCAGUCCUGGGAUCCCGACCAAGGCUAGUUACCGUGUGGGACUCAGCAAGAGAUCGAGGGUUGCUCCCUUAUUAAAGAUUGUGCGAAAGGACAUCAAAUAG